AAGCACGUGUGCAAUUACUGCGGGAAACGAUUCAGCCGUCCCAGCGGGCUCAAAAUCCACCUAACCACUCACACGGGGGAUAAACCGUAUAUUUGCCCUGAAGAGGGCUGCGGUCGUGCAUUCAGCGUUCGCAGCAACAUGCGUCGUCAUGGUCGCAUC